CAGGAGGAAGAUGAAGCGCACGGCGCCCCGCAGCACUUUGCGGAAAAUAAUAAAGAAGCACAAGCCGCAGUUGCGGCUGGCGGCUAACAGCGACCUGCUGGUGCAUUUGAACUUCUUACUGUUUCUCCAUCGACUAGCAGAAGAAGCCAGGACAAAUGCUUUUGAAAACAAAAGUAAAAUAAUCAAACCUGAGCACACUAUAGCUGCAGCAAAGGUUGUUUUAAAGAAAAGCAGAGGCUAAAAAAUGGAACAAUGGGAUUUCAAAUCUUUUUUUUUUUUUUUGUAUAUGUAUGUCGACUUACUAACUUGAGAUCCUGUUAGCCAGCUUUUGCACUUGUGGAGGUAUUUGCUUUUACUGAUGUUUCUCAUGACCUACCUUCUGAGUAUCCUGCUGUUACUUAAACAAAUAAUAGCAAACAAAUGUUCUUAAACAUUUCCUAUAUAAUUAAAAAUGUCUCUAAUAAGGAUCAUAAGUAAUAAUUCAUUUAAAUAUUCUGAUAUACCUUAUUUCUUACAAUAAAAUGAAGGAAUACCUUUGUCAUGCUCACUGAAGUACCAUAUUUCAUUUUUUUAUUUACUGACAUAAGUUUGAAGCAUUUUAAGAAAAAUAGUAAUAAAGAUGCAGGUUUCACUUAUUCCAUUAUGGGUUGGGCUGUUCAGAACAGAUUUAUCAGCUAAACAAAGUGUUGAAUUUCAAAUUAAGUGCUGUAGAAGCUAGUGUAUUAAAUGUCUUGGUUUCUUUAUCUGUGUCUUACUUUUCAAAUGGAUUUACAAAUAUUAAGUUAAAAUGUCCAUGUUUUGGAGGGUGGAUACAUAUUCUGUAUUUUUAAACCGAGCUCUGAACCAUUACACUGCCCUACUGCUUGACGUGGUAUGUGAGAUGACUUGGUGGUCUUAAUUCAACUGGUGUGGACAGAUAACACAUUAUUUWAAAAAAAAAUGCUGAUUUUUUGAAGUUGGAUCCUCAGAUACUGUACAAGACAAGUCGGCAUGCAAGCUGAACUGCUUCCUUCUCUUUUAAGUGUCGUUCUAAGCUGUAGAAGUGUUGAAAUGUACAUUAGAUUAAAAACACCUGUAACUGAAAUUGUAUUCUCUUCCUAAUUUGAUAUAUUUAAGAKAUUUUAAAACAUUUAGCAAUAGUUUAUUUAAUAAAGAUACA